UUUGCUGUGAGCAGGAUCUGGGAUCUGGAGGCUGAAACAGCAGUGGGGAGUGAGGUAGAGAGAAAGACGCUUUAGCUGUUUGUUCUGGAUGGACUAUUCUGUCAUUAUCUUCUGACUCAGCUGUGGUGGAGGAGGUUGUUAUAGAAAAGCUCUUUAUUCAACAUCAUUCUGGUUUAAGAGUUGUUCAAAUAGAACAGAUUGUUUUGUUGAUCAUUUUUUUCACGUUAUUUUUUAGUGACAGAGCUUUUUGUCUGAGGCGAUAUAGUUAACCAUUGAGCUUUUUUUCUCUUUACUAUAAGGGUUUUGUUUUUACUGAAACAACAUGUAAAUGUUCUGUGAGAAAAAUAAGAUAUCUGGUGCUAGUUAAUGCUUAGCAGAUUUUUGGGCUGAUUGAGACAUAUUUAUAGAGUUAAUAAAUUAGAGCUGCUUCAUCUCACAUUCAGAACUGGUUAAAAUUAAACAUUUACAGACAGAUAUUAUGUCCAUUUAGGACCUAGUCUGAUCAGAGAAACCGUAAACAGUCAUGCUACUGCCCCUGCUGCUGGUUCUGAGCCUCGGUCCUGAGGCGCAGUGCUCGGACCCUGGCCCCCUGACCAUCCUGUACCGGGUGUGGGAGGAGCAGGCUGCUGGGACGAGGGUAGGCCGGCUUGUGGACGACCUGCGUCAGAGAGGAGAGACGGGGCCUCUGGAGGGUUUCCAGGUGGCCGAGUACGGCCAGGCCUUGCCCUUUUCCAUCGCGUCACGAGACGGAACCGUGUCCACCCUCAACCCUCUGGACCGGGAAGAGCUGUGCCGAGGGGCGGACCUGUGUGAGCUGGCCUUCAGCGUGCUCUACAGGAAGGGAGGCUCCUUUCACUUCCUGAGGGUGAGGGUGGAGGUGAUGGACCUAAACGACCACAGCCCCACCUUCCCCAGCCGGAAUCAGGACGUGGAGAUCUCUGAGACGGCCUCGCUGAGGAUGCGGAUCCCCCUGGACCGCGCGGUCGACCCCGAUGCCGGCCCCAACGGCCUGCAGACCUACUCGCUGGCCAUCAACCAGCACUUUGCCCUGGAUGUGAGCACGGCGCCGGGUGGGAGCAAGCGGGCAGAGCUGGUGGUGAUCAAGGAGCUGGACCGGGAAGUCCAGCCCUCCUUCGAGCUGACUCUCACAGCCUGGGACAAGGGGAAUCCGCCACGCUCUGGCAGCACUCUGGUCCGUGUCAACAUCUUGGACUCCAACGACAACAGCCCCACGUUUGAGGACAGCACCCCGACCGUGGAGCUGGCGGAGGAUACUGCCCGGGGCACCGUGGUCAUCAACCUGAAGGCCUCUGACCCGGACCAGGGAGCCAAUGGGGAGGUGGAGUACUCCCUGAGUAAACACGCUCCUCCGGAUGUGCAGAGGCUGUUCGGGGUGCACCCCCAGACGGGUGCGGUGACCCUCCAGGGCCCCCUGGACUAUGAGGCCAAGCACUCCUACGAGGUGGACCUCCAGGCCCGUGACCUUGGCCCCAACGCCAUCCCUUCCCACUGCAAACUCCACGUCAAGCUGCGAGACGUCAAUGACAACGCCCCGAGGAUCCACGUCACCUGGACGCAGCCCGACUCCCCGGUGGCCACAGUGUCAGAGAGCGCGCCCGAGGACACCUUCCUGGCACUGGUGAUGGUUUCGGACGCCGAUUCAGGUGACAACGGAAAGGUGCGUGCCAAGAUCCAGCCCGGUUCCGGUCCAUUCCGCCUCAAGAAGAGCCACGGUUACUACACCAUCGUGACCAACGGCACCCUGGACCGGGAGUCGGUGACGGAGUACAACGUCACCCUGAUCGCCCAGGACCACGGAGACCCCCCUCUCUCCUGCGUCCGACACCUGGCCGUGCACGUGCUGGAUGAGAACGACAAUGCGCCCGUGUUCUCCAGGUCGCAGUACCGCUCCUCCUUCCAGGAGAACAACGCCCCUGGCCUGCCCGUGCUCAAGGUGGAAGCUUGCGACGUGGACCUGGAACUGAGCGGGAGGGUGUCCUACUCCAUCCAGGAGUCCAACGAACUAGGGACGCCAACAGCCUCUUUCUCUAUUCACCCCACCAGUGGAAUCGUCAGUGUCCAACAGUCCCUGGAUUACGAGCUUUCCCGUUCCUAUUCCUUUGUUGUGAAGGCCGUAGACCAGGGACAUCCCCCUCUUAGCAGCUCGGCCACGGUUCUGAUCGACAUCCAGGAUCUCAACGACAACCCUCCCGUCAUCAGUGAGCCGGCGCUAAAGAGGGGCGUCUGCUCUGUCAGUGUCCCUGUCAACGCCGACAAGGGGGAGAUCGUCACUGAACUGGGAACCAGUCUGGAGGAGGGUUCUACGGAUUCUCCGUUUGGCCACUCGGCCACAGAUGGACUUAAAGGAUUCCUGGCCACCACCAUAAAAGCCAGUGACCCCGACUCUGGACUGAACGGGAAACUCACCUACCUGAUCACAGAUGGGAACCCGACCGGCCUGUUCAGGCUGGACGACAGCACGGGACAGCUGUACGUCAACACCUCCAAUGCCACGGAGCUGAUCGGCAAGACCUUCAAGGUGGAGAUCUCGGUGUCCGACAUGGGCACUCCCAGCCUGGCCACCAGUGCGAGGCUGGAGGUCACCUUCAUCAACCUCAAGGACCAUCUCAAGAACUCGUCUCCCGGCAACCGCGGCCAGCUCAGCUUCACCAUGAUGCUGGCCAUCUGUCUAGGUGCCACCUGCCUCCUGCUGCUCCUGGCCGUAGCUCUGGUAACCACCUUCUGCCGCCCGGAGAAACGAGAGAACCGGGCGUACAACUGCCGACAGGCCGAGUCCACCUACACCCGCCACCCUCGCCGACCUCAGAAGCACAUCCUGAAGGCCGACAUCCAGCUGGUACCGGCCCUAAGGGGGAGAAGAGAGGAACCUUCGGAUGAGGAGGGUGGGGCCCAGGCGCUCCCCCCAGUGGUGUCUGGAGACCAGCCCACCGAGAGGCAGCUCUCCCGGGCCUCGUCCCCCCCGACGCCCCUAGCCCACCCGGACGGAGGGGCGACGCUCCCCAUCUCCCACUCCAGGACGCUACGCAAACCCGGGAGCUUCGACCUGGACGGCUCUCUCCCCCGGACCCCGGCCACGCCCUACCGGACCCUGCGGACGGCCAGGAACCCCUCGUCGUCGUCUUCCAUGUCUCACACCGGCACCCUGAAGAGGAGGGGCCCCUGCGAGGCCCAGGGCAGGGCUGGAGGGGAGGAGGGGGAGCCUGCGACCCAGGCCACGCUCAGGAGGCCGAGGAACGGGGAGGGCCGAGGGAGGAGCGAGGCGACGGACCACCGGCAGAUACUGAGCAACCUGGUCCGCCUGUCCAUGGCUGCCUUGGGAGAAAACGGCAUUGAGCUUUCUUCUGCUUCCCCUGAAGUACAGCAGGUCUCCCAGCUCCUCUCUCUCCUUCAUCAGGGGCAGCUGCAGCCAAGGCCCAACUUCCGCGGUAACAAGUACUCCCAUCGAGCUGGCAGGUCUGGUGCCCAGGACACAGACUGGCACAGCACCAAGGACAGCGGGCAUGGAGAGAGCGAGGCCGGGGACAUGGACUGGGACCCAGACCAAGAAUCCCCCCUUGACCCCCUGCUGGGAGAGGGGCUCAACAGCCUGCUGAACACCGACGAUGUAUUCGCUGACCUAGAAGACCCCUCGUGGAUGGCCCGUCUCUCCCUCCCCCUCACAGCCGAUUACCACGACAACAUGUUUGUCCCCAACGGGCCACCGUCACCCGACGACCUCUGCCCCCCCGACAGCCUCGACUCCACCUUCUCCACCUUUGGCAAGACCCCCGAGCCCUCCAGCCCCCUGGGCGGGGCUCUGCUGUCGGAGGUGAGCACGCUGUUCGAGAUGCUGCUGUCCCAGAAGGCCGACGCCCAGCCCUGCCCCUCUGCUGAGAUGCUCUACAGACUGUCGGCCGCCUACCGCCGCUCUCUGGGGCUGGACGGGGCCUCGCCCGCCCCCAGCGGGCCCCCCGGCGGUAUGAGGAACUCUGGGAACCCGGAAAAGAGGCCCUCUCUUGCUCAGUGUUGAGGCCCGUGGGUUAAAGUGCUUUUUUUGUGAGGACGUUUGGAAAGACAUUCUGUGUGGAUGUUUGUUUUGUUUUUGGUUCAUGAGUAUAUUGUCUCUUUAAAAUGUACUGUAGCCUAUGUUUGUUUGAGAAAUUACGUCAAGCAUUUUUGCCUUGUUAUUGAAAUGGAAAUUACCUCUGGCUCUCUGAGCGUCUCAGUUGGGAGUUGUCUCUCUCUCCUCUCCCGAAGCGCUCCCUGUCUGGAACAGGUCAAGGCCAACGGGAGGAGAGAGGUGUUGACCUGAGCACUGGACACACUCGAGACAGAAAGUAACACCUCAAAGCACAAGGUGUGCAGUCGUUAUGUUGCAAACACUCAUCUCUGUAUCGUUCCUCAACUCUGAAUGUGGUGUUUCUGUGGGAGUAAUAACACAGUGCUGACACAUCCGUGUGUGUGAGUGUCCGGGUUCGAAAGCCCCCUCGGCCAGGAGAAAGGAGGAAACGUCUUUGUGUUUC